UUUUGAGGUCUUUUGACUGUCGAAAUCAUAUUUUAGCGGUGGGAAACGCUGCAGGCCAGGAUCCCAACGUGACGGCUCGAAAACCUGUAAAUAGAGGGCCAUGGAUCUCCCUAUUCCCUCUCUUUUAUACUCUCUCCUCUUAAUGUCUCUCUCUCCCAUGGCAUUGCAUAAUCAGGUCUCUUAAGGAUUCAUAGCAAUGGCGACACAUCCUUCUCUAGUUCCAGAGAUCGGCCCUGAUGGUCUUGCAAGAGAGGCUCCUGUUAUCGCUUACACUGAAAAGAUUAUUGCAGAGGAGCAACUUCAAUUGAGAAAGUACAUUGAAGAGAACUAUUCUAAGAUUCGUGAUGUGGAACGGGAGCUAGCAAAUCUCACACUGGAGUUGAAGCUCACAGCUGGACCUAAAAAGGCAGCUCUUGAGCACUUGAGGAAAAAGAUAGAGCUAUCAGCAGAGAGAAUACAUGUCGCUAAGCAGAAAGAAGAUCAAGCAAGAAAGGAGUGGGAAGCUGCUUUGAAGGCAUUAAAGGACGAGGAAGCAAACAAGCAGAAGCUAUGUGAUGACCUUAACCAUCUGGUUCAAGAGAGCACAUCCUCCCAAUUCACAAGGCUAGAGGAGCUGAAAAGACGACUAGAGGCAUUAAACCCAAGCAGAGUUUCUCAAUGUGAUCUAUCUGAUGCAAAGUUAAUACAAGCUCAGAGCAACAUCGUUGCUUCAAAUGCAGCUCCAAAUCAGAAAACAACUGAAUCACUGGCUCGAGGCCCUGAUACUGUGGAUGCUGAUGGUAAGGAUGGUGAUGCAUCUGGUCCUAAUAAUCUGCAUCAAUCCCAAACCGCUGAGGGAGAAGUUAGAGGGAAAAAGAUGCGGAAUGUGAAUUUGGGAAGAGGUAAGGGCAACUUGAUUUUGCAGAAAGGAAGGGGCCCUUCUGGUCCUGGAUGGACUGGUGCUGGAUUUGAUGUGGAUGGAAGGGCAUGACAUGAGAUGAUAUAAUGGGUGUCUUUUGCUUGUAGCCCAAGACCAAAAGAAAGUACCCAAAAUUUAGUUCCACUAUUUGGGUAUGUAUUCAGAAGAUUUUUGCUUGAGGAAUGUAUUUGUCAUUCAUUGCAUCUGUGCAUUUCUUUUGCUCGGAUGUUUCUAUAAUGAUUUCUUUGAUGAUGUAUGACUUAUGUUCUUGCGAAAGCUCUGCUAUUCUGGUGAAAUAGUUUCUUGAUGA